CUCUGCUAACGGUGAAGGCUACGGUCCUGGCACGGCGUCCAGCUUCAGGAGGGGGAGUUUUUUACACAGCUCAAAAAGGUUGGAAAGGCUUCCCCGCUGAAGCCAUCCAGGCGCUCACCGUGGAUUAAAACGGGAAACUUUUCACGAUGGCCCUGAGCGUGGAAAAGUAGCGCGAGACGCAGCAGCAGCCGCCGCCGCAGAACACGGAGCCUCUGUCACCGCAAGCAACAACUCCUGGUUAGAUGCACGGCCACUGCUGAGGAGAGAGGAGAAAAAAAAUAUGCUCCAGCCGAGCCUCCGCAGCAGCAACAACCCCGGCUUCAAGCGCAGGUUCCCCGCGUUUUAACCGCUUUCCCGAACACAGCCGUCGACCCUCCUCCUGGUUCGUUUCAAGCGCCUCUUUGAGCCUACAAAGUCCGCCGUCAGAGUCUCCCCUGCCGAGCCUCCUGCACCCGGAGAACCAUGAUGGCAAGACGGAUAGCAGAGCAGGGCGCAAAAAUACUGCUGGUGACAGCCAACGUUGGAUCCCUGUUCGAAGAUACUGAAAAUCUGCAGAAAGUAUGGCUGAAAGAAUUUUUCGAGACAGUAAAAGCGCACAAGCCCCACUUCUUGGCCCUGCACUGUCAGGAGUGUGGUGGGAAGAGUUUGGAGUCAGGCGUGACGGAAGUGGAACGUUUUGUCAAAGAGCUGAUGGCCGCUCAGGAACUGAAGGACUACAGCAGAGCCCGUGUCUACAUCGAUGAGAGCUAUGAAUCCCCAGAGCGUUUCACGGCUCUUGGAAGUUUCUACUUUAUCCACGAUUCUCUGAAAAACGUCUCUGAGUUUGAUUUCGAAGCCGGCAUGUUUCAGAAGGUGACCGGGAAGGAAAUCCGCACAAUAAGGCAGCAGAAGUCACCCAUGGUGCAGAAGGAGAAGUUCCCAGCGGACUUCUUUCCACAGUGCCAGUGGUCCAGAAAGGGAUUCAUCAGGACUCGAUGGGGCCUUUCCAGCUGUGACUUCGAUCUGGUCAACGUUCACCUCUUUCACGACGCUCACAACGUUGUGGCCUGGAAGGAAAGUCCUUCCUACUACGCCGGGAUCAGGCAGAAGGCCAUGGACUUUGUUCUACAAAGGAUCUCAGACGAGCGGCACAAGAAGCUGCCAUUUUUCCUCUUCGGGGACUUUAACUUCAGGUUGGACGCCAGGCCAUUAUUUGAGCAUCUCUGUUCUACCGGCACCCUGGAGGCCAUCACAAACACCAACAAUGAUGUGGACAAGCUAAUAUUCAGAGAGACCAAUAACGACCGAAAGGUUAUUCUUGAAGUUGAAAGGAAGAGUUUCAAUUACGUCGACCCGAACGUUUUCCAGGCAAACAACGGGACCUCGCUUUUACAGUUUGACAAAGAGCUGUUGGUGUUCAAGGAUCGGCUGGAUGAGAUGGAGAUCACUUUCCCACCCACUUAUCCGUACAGUGAGGACGUCCAUCACGCCAAGCAGUAUAACACCACCAGAUGCCCCGCCUGGUGUGACCGGAUCCUCAUGUCAACUUCUGCUAAACACCUGGUUGCUAAGCCAGAAGAUGAGAGAGAGGAGGGAGAGCAGGAAAAUGAGGAGAAUUCAAUAGUGUAUGAUAACAUUGGGCCAAAUGUCUGCAUGGGGGACCACAAGCCCGUCUUCUUGUCCUUCCGAUUACCAGCGGGGAAAGGUAAUCCUUAUGCAUGUACCUGCAGAUGUUGUGUGGUGCUGUGAUUUCGUGGGAAUUCUUGCCAAAGGGAGGUAGAACAUAUUCCAUGAAGAGCCUGAAAAACACAUGCAUACACACCCACGCACACCCACACACACGCCUGCACACCCAGUUUGCACAAGCACACCCCGAAGAUCCCAGACAAGCUUCUUUUAUUUUCAGCGGCGCUGAGUUUUCCGGACGGCUCAUCCGUGCCGUUUUCUCUCCAUAAAACACUUGUCGAGAUGCGGACGAACACCCGAGGAGGGCCCCGGCUCCGUGCGACAGACGCACAUUGCUGACCUCACCGUUGCCAUGCAACCCUAUUCCCCAGAAGAAGAAGGAGGGAAAAAAAGACAAUCAGGGCGAUGAAUAAGCCACCCUUUUUUUCCAUGCCACAGCCUCAUUUCCAAAACUCUAAUCCCAAUCAGUCAUACUACAUGCUUUUAGACAGUUUACUGGCCAUUUUUAGGUAUGCCUAAAUGUAUAGAAGCUACUUUUCAAACAAUAUGUAAGGUGUUAAACAAAAAAAAAAACAGAAAAGAUAAGAAAAAUGUGCAAUGCAAAAAAUGUUGUAUAUCCAUAUUGUUAGGUUUAUUUGUACAUUUGACAGUAUAAUAUAGAGCCUUGGAUGGUUUUAGUGCAGUUCUCUGACCAAACUUCACCGUCCCUGUUGGAAUAAGUAGGACUUCUGAUCUUAGUUUAUUAUGAAACUAUAUGAAACUAUAUACUUUUCAUCCUGUUGCCUGACACAUCAGUGGACUUUUUCAUUUUAUAUGCUGUACUUUUUAAAAGAGAUAAUUUAUGGUUCGCACCAAAACGUUUGUGCUGCAGCGUGCGCAGACACCGAGCGAGCGGGAACGCUCGGAUAAGUUCAGGAAGAAAAACUCUUCUGUGAUUUAUUGCCUAUCCAAGAAUGUUUUAAGCAGUGCCAUAGACCAUUCAAGUAUAUUUUAUAUAUAUAUAUGUAUAUGUAUGUAUAUAUAUAUAAAAUAUAUAUAAGAUAAUGUUUGAUAUAAAUAGCACCCUCACAUUAUGUCAUUAUUAUUCCUACUCUAACUUAUUUCUAUAAUAUUAUGGUUCUGAAUGUGAUAUUUUAGGUAGGCUUGGGUGUCCCUUUAAGAUGUAAACUGUUUUUGUUUUUGUUUUUGUUACUGCAUUGUGGUGCCAAGUAUCCUACACAGACAUAAAGUGUGUAAGAGUUGAGAAAUAUCAUCUGUAAAGGUGUUUAUUUCCAAAUGUAAGACUCUAAACCCAGAAGAAGAAGAAAGCAGGGAGAUUUUCUGCUUUUGCUGUGUGGAGCCCCCAGGACGAGCAUUAAAGGGGGCAACCGGAGACGGCAGCGUUUUUAUUUUUUCCUUUUAUCGCUUUCAUUCACCACACUACAGGUUUCGGACUGUUUGAAGCCGUCAGACCGAUUCUUUGUGAUUUCUUUAUUUGUUUCAUCUUGAUGAAUCACAGCAAGUGGAGUUUUUAAAUGUUUUUUCUUUUCUUUUUUUUUGUGCCUGCCGGAGAGUUAAUGUCUUUUGUUUGUGUUGGUUUGUAGGCAAAAAAGAAGCUUGUUUUUGUUCCUGCUGGUCAUUCUGAGUAUUCUGUAGGAGUUUAAGCCACAGUUGUUUUUUUCUUCACUCCAUCUUAUAAAAGAGAUUUUAUUCUAGCCCCUUCUGGAAGGCCUGGCCUCUAUUGUAGGUGAUGCAGUUCUUAAGCAAUAAAAACCAUUAGAGCUCAA